UGACAAAGAAACGAAGAAGCAACCUUUUGUUGUAAAAGAUCCGACGCAGUGGCUUUUCAUAGCGAAAGAUGAGGUUAUUAAGCCAGAUCCAAACACAAAUCCUGAAUCAAUUGUAUGUGGACUUAAACAUCCUAGAACAGGGCAGAGAUGUUUGUUUUUAUUUAGCAAUGAAGACAAAGAUAUUUAUGAGAUAGUUCAGUUUAAAGAAGAAUUUAGAUCCUGGUUUAUUGGGGAAACAGUUCAACAUGAUGGCAGUUUAUAUAUAACUACACCUGUAGAUCCAGUGUUCCUUAUUUUACCAUACCUCAUACAAGCUGCUAAGUCAGAAAAGUUUAUGACAUUAGAUCAGAUAGUGAUAGAUGAAGAUUACCCAGAAUGCCGCAGGUUACAGUCUUGUUGUCAACCAGAUCAUCUGGAGAAUGUAUCGGAUGUCAAAGGUGAUGAUGAUUUUAAAGCAUACAGAUAUAACAAAGACAAGGCAUUAUCUUGGUUGAAGUUAAAGACAGAAAAUGUAUGUAAAGUAUUGGAGGAGAAGAAUGUUUGUGUGUCCGGUGCUAAAACAUCAGAACUUGUACAGAGUAAAGCUACUGAAGAGGAGUAUAUGAGAUAUGCUUUUGGAGUGGUGUCCGACUAUCUUCCUACAGAAUUAACCAACUUGCUGAGAGAACAUUUAGGUUUACCAGUUGUUGCAGAGAAGAGACCAUCAGAUGCUAAGAAUCCACCAUCAAAGAGAGCAAAACUAGAAGAUAUAACCCCUAAUGAAGAUUAUAGUCAGAAUGUGAAACAUGAAGACAAGUCUAAAAAGGGUAAAGCUAGCACAGCACAGAAGAAGUUGGAGAAAGUUGACAAGUCGGGGAUGAAAAGCAUGAUGAGUUUCUUCUCUCCAAAAACAAAAUCCUGAUAAUUGAUGAGUAUGAAUACAGUCAAACCUGUGAUUGAUGACCCACUGCAGGACCAAAAAAAUAAACAGUCAAACAUGUACCUGGAAAUAUGUAGGUCCUUGAUAAUUGGAAAAUUUUAGACAGGAUUUGAAUAUGAUUUCAGUUUUGAAGUGAUGUUUAUUUAAUUAAUUAAUAGAUUCACAUUUUAAAGCUAUUUAUUGAAUUUUAUAGCAUGUAUGUUUUUUAAGCGGUUUUGUUUAACAGUUUGUUAAAUUUAUACAUAUUGAAAUUAAUAAUACUUAACAGAUUUAUAGUAUAGCAUGUAGCAUUUAAUCAAUUUCCACUCAAAGUGUUCAUAGCUUUACCUUUAGAAUGAAGUUAUGUUUAUUCAACUUGUUUGUUUUAUAUACAGUGUUCUAUUUUGCUGUUUUAAGUGCUAGAUUUUGUGAUGUAAUCGUCAUUUUGGGUCUAAGACUUAAUAUUAGCACAGAAUCUUUUUAUAGCAUUUUGCUUUGUUGUGGUUUAAUGCUAAACUUGCCUAACUUCCAAUUUUAGCACUGCCCAUCAAUAUAAAUUAUUUGAAGAUCCUGUAACUCAAUGUUUUUAUAUUAUAAAUAUGGUGCUCAAAUGAAGAUUUAUCAAUAUUCCAAGUUCCAAAGAGCAUAAUUUGUAAAGAUAUUAACGAAAUUACACUUUAUGUUAAUAAGAAAUUGUAAAUUCUAAGUCAAAUUUUUCAAUAAGAAAUGAGUGCAUAUAUUUUAAUGAUAACUCAAAUGUGGACAAAUAUUCACAGUACAUAUUUUACAUAUUCUUGGAUGUUUGAAAAGUGUUUUAGAAGCAUAAUUAUAUACAUAUAUAAAAUUUCACCUUAGUGUGGUCACAACGUUAAUUACAACAUACAGAAUCUUUAAGGUAGUCACCAGUAAAGAGCCUGGUCAGACUGCACAAUGUACAGGCUGGUGUGGCUCUAUCCUGGUAGUACUUAAUCUGAUAACUUUUACUGUUUCAACAAUCAGCAGAACGGUGGGGGUGGGGGGUAAUAUAACUUUCUCUGAUUGGCAAUUAUUUUUCUUGUAUUUAAAUGACAAUAUACAUGGUUACUUCAUUAAAUUACUGUAUUCUGAUGAUUUAGAUAUAUUGUUCCAAUAACAAUGUUGAAUAUAUUGCUCGAUUAUCGUUAUAUUGUUUGAAUAUCAUUAACUUUAUAUCAUUUUUAAGAUACGAUAGUUUUAGCUUUGUUAUAUACAGUUUAUUGUAAAGAAAAAUUAUACGUGUUAUUCAUAUACAAUGUUCAAUAGCAUAAUAAUUGUAAACACUGCCAUUUAGAUAUGUAAGACUAUAUUUUAUUUUGCUUGUCCUUGCUAUGUUUUGGUGCUAACAGUAGGGUUUUAGUAUUUGGGUGUUUUUUUUUCAAUUUUGCAAACCUUAUCUGCCAUUAUUGCAUAUAAUCAUCAUGCAUUUAAACACUAAAUGGCUCAAAAUACAUCAGAUUUAAUGUUUUGACGUUAGAAAAUGUGUAUGGGAAAUAAUAUUAUUUAUAAAUUACUGUUAAAUAAUACAGAGCUGGCAUUUCAGUUGUCAUAUAAAAUUGAAUAAAAGGAAAAAAUCCA